AUGGCAACAAAAUUUUUUAAAACUGUGAUAUUGGGUGCUCCAGCGUCUGGAAAAGGAACGAUUUCCGAAAGAAUCGUGAAAAAUUUUAAUUUAGAACAUGUUUCGAGUGGGGAUAAACUGAGACAACACAUCCAAAACAAGACUUCGAUUGGAAAUGAGGCACAAAAAUUCAUACGAGAGGGAAAACUAGUACCUGAUGAAGUCAUGAUAAAAUUUAUAUCUGAAGAACUAAACAAUGUAAAGCCCGUAUGGUUAUUAGAUGGUUUUCCGCGGACACUAAAUCAGGCGGAAGCUCUUUGGAAAAUUCACAAAUUGGACGUGGCAUUAAAUUUGGUGGUUCCGUUUCCCGUCAUUAUAGAUAGAGUCAAAGGGAGAUGGGUUCAUUUAGGAAGUGGCAGAGUUUAUAACGUGGGUUUUAAUGAACCCAAAGUUCCGGGCAAGGAUGAUAUAACCGGGGAACCAUUGGUACAAAGAGAAGAUGACAAACCAGAAGUGGUUUUAAAAAGACUGGAAGCGUACGAGAAGCAAACUCGACCAGUGAUUGAAUUCUAUCAGGACAAAGGGAUACUAAAAGAAUUUGUUGGGAAUACUUCUAAUGAAAUAUGGCCUAAAGUUUUGGAAUGCCUGGUCACUUAUAUACCUAUACAGAUAACAAAUCAGCACAAAUAGUUUUUGUAUGGUUGCGU